AUGAUUACUCCUGAAUGGUCUCUGAUUACGUAUCCUAUUCCAGAAGGGCCUAGAUUGCCUCUGGAAGCACCAUCAAAGUUUAAUUUUAACCAGCCAGGCUUUGGAGGGGUCCGGGUGACAUCCUUUCUGGAGUUGUGGAUACGGUUGAUAUACCUUCAAGUCAGAGAUGGUCUUCGCGAAAACAAUGAAUUAGAAGAAGAAGAGAGAGAAUUGCGCAUAUGCGUGUUCAACGUCCCAAAGGAAUUGCUGGUAAUGAAGACAGAAGCAUACAUUCCACAGUCUGUUUCUAUCGGGCCAUAUCACCAGUGGAGACCUGAGCUAUACGAGAUGGAGAGCUCUGGCUUUGCUAAUGGCGUUGGACGCCUCCUUUGUUCUCGAGUGCUUGCAAUUCUAUGCGAAGCAGGCGGACAAAACAAGCCACUGCUUUCUGCAGAGGCAGAGGAGAGGCUCUGCAAUCUGCUGACACUUGCGUGCAAAGAAUUGUUGCCUUUCAUGUUCAAAAUGCCGGAGACUUCAAAGCUCCAGAUAAAAGAUCGGAGACACAUACUCGAAGUGCUCUAUUACUCGCUUGUCUCCGUCGCCCCCAAAGUUGAUUCUUUUCGCAGUGCCGUUGAAAUGGAAGAGCAGCCGCUGCCGGAUAGGACUAAUGUCCAGAAAGCUUUGAAUUUGCCAUGGAAGGCGCUCUCUGCUCUCAAUGUCCGCCCCAUUGAACGGAUAUUUCAGGGGAGGGUCGUCCAGUUCGUAAUAAAGCUGCCUUUACGCCUUGUUUCCGCUCUCGGAAACCUGCCGGUUCUUAGGGUUUUGAAGGGGCCGAUUCUCGUCAUCUUCAAUUCUUUUUCCGCAGAGAAAACUGACCGGGACGGCACAGGCGAGGACGAUUCUUAUGUGGAAAUUCCUCCUACACGAGACGAGCUGGAUAUCGCGUCCAUUUCCAGCUUAUAUUCAGCCGGACUAAAAUUCCUUCCCACGGACGGAGACCUUACCACAAUACGCUUCGACCAGAAGACUGCCACACUGUACUUUCCCAAGGUUAAAUUAGAUGCUAAUUCAGAAGUGGUUCUCAGAAACCUGGUGGCUUUUGAAGCUUCGGCGAGCCCCGGGGCUUUCAUCUUUACUCGCUACACGGAUUUAAUGAACGGAAUGAUCGACAGCGCGGAAGAUGUUCGAUUGCUCCGAACCAGCGGGAUUAUUUAUAAUUACUUAGAAAGCGACGGAAAGGCUGCGAGCAUGUGGAAUGGCAUGGGUAAAUGCGUGAAAUUGACCAAAGUUAAGCAAUUGGAUGAGGUCAUAGCUGAGGUUAAUAAGUUCUACAGCAGGAAAUGGAGUGUUGCUGUGGAGAAGUGCCUGAAAACUUAUGUGUUUGAUUCUUGGAAAUUCUUGACUCUCUCGGCUGCGCUUAUACUUCUCGCUCUCACAUGUUUGCAGGCCUUCUGCUCUGCGUAUGACUGUAAGAAAUGGUUUAGCGACACUGAUUUUACUGAUGAUUCUGAGCGACUGAGUAAAAAAUUCCUCUGAUAGCCUACUUGUUUUUUCAUCCGCCUGUUUUUUGUAUUUAUGUGAUUUCGAGUACUCUGUGGCUUUACCCAUAUUUUCUGCUUCUGUAAUUCUUGCUUUGACUGAAAGGAACAAGUAUGUGCUUAGCUCUGCAAUGUUUCUUGUUCCUGUUAAUAUCAGCACGUAACUUCAUAAAAUUAGUUAUCUCCAGACAUGCUUUUUAAGCAUUAAAGAUUAAGGGUGUAUGUACUCAUCACCGUGCUUGCUCUAAAUAAUAAAUCAAUAACAAUCAGAUUAGGCCUAAUAAAAUAGUUGGCCUUGCAAUAUUACAUUGAGGCUGGGUCUCUUGAGGGUCUUCACUCUUCAGGAUG